AGUAAACCUAAGCCCCAUCGGGUUGGCAGACACCGCUUUGCAUAAAGACCACAGUGAAAACUGAAUAAUCCGGCCUCUGAAUUGCAUAUAUCCAUCUUUAAUCACGACUUUUGUCGUUAGUUGACAUCAUCAAGUAUCGGGCCGACUCCAAUUAAGGCCACGGCAGCUACUCAAUUAUACUACUCAACCGCACACAAUAGACUAUCCGCGUAUACGGUAUAAGACUAUCGGUAUUUCUCCGACUAGGAAUCAAACUUCAACAGAGCAGCCAAAUGCAAGUCAAGCAUGUUACUCGGUGUGAGCAUGGGUCACUUCGCCUUAUCGGCGGGGCUUGCGGAAGCUCAAAUCCCGAAAGGCAAGGGGCGGAUGUGUUCCACUUCCCAUGCGGGCCGGGAACGAUCCACUUUCUCGCUCCGGACGGGGAGAUCGGAGGUGUUCCUAACAAGUUCUAUUCUUAUGAACGCCGUUGAUCGUGUGGGAAGUGAAUUGGUAUGCACCGGGUCGUCUUCUACGCUUGAUUCAAAUCCUUAUGAGGUCGGUCCCGGGACUGUAAAAGACCAUUCGCUCUGAGGUCAUCACCACUCGCCUUUAUUGAAUAAUCAUUAUAAUCUGACUAGAAGGAGCUCCUAUAGGUUGGAUUGAUUAUUGAGUAGUGGUAUGAGG